AUGACUCUUGUAAACAGGUUUCCUUCGGAAUUUCUACACAAAGUAUCCACGCAUCUCUCGGUACAGGAUUGUUGGCACGCUACACUGGUUUGUAGGUCAUGGCAUCACACAUUUCAAAGAGUCCUUUACAAGAAGGUUUUCAUCUAUUCAGACACUCAACUCAAACAACUCGUUUCUUCUAUUUCUUAUCACGGCUAUCUCGUCAAAGAGAUACAUCUUAUCAGUACAAUAUCCCAUGAAUCUACCACUUUACACGACAAUCCAAGACAUGUUUUAUUGGAUCAAGAUACGCUCUUAACCUUAAAUCACCUCUGUCCUUUGCUCGAAGUGCUCCGUUUUCAUCCUUCUCAAUGGACCAACCUGGAGUUAAGUGAUCAAAUGCAGUGGUCCCAAAUGAGACAAUGUGGAAUUGUUCACUAUGAAGAUUUUACACCCUCCUUCUUGACCGUGUUUGGGACAAAUUUAACUCAACUACACAUGACGCAUGCUGCACACGACCUCGAGACAUUGGUAGACCGCUUACGUAUACCAACGUUAAAAGAAUUGACGUUAGAGAUCCUUGUGCAAGUAGAAAACGAAAUCAUCCCUACCCAACAUUUAGAAAGGAUGCAUGCCAAUCUACCGCAGUUAACCGCAUUUCAUUUUAAACGAAAUAAGACGCCACACCAUGAAGCUGUACCAGCACAUGAUAUCAUCUCGUUGUUUGCGCAUCCAACCACUGUUCGUACUUUAACCCUGCAUGGUCAUGUGGAUUCCAUCCAGUGGUUUCAAUUUAUCACCACCAAUUAUCCCAAACUCCAAGAACUAGAACUGACCCAGAUCACCACCAGUCGGUUUGGAACCAAAUGGAUGUGGCAAACCGCAUUAAUUGAUCUGAUACGCUCCUUACCCUCUCUACAACGACUCAGCUUGGGUGGUAAAAACAUUCCCCAGUUGUUCUCAAAGGCGCUCCUUGUAGAACUAAAUUCCAACAAACAAAUCGAUGAAUUCAAUAUAGACUUUCAAACCUAUCAAGCGAUCGAGUCAUGUCAAUUUUUACUAUCUUUGGCAUCGUCCGACGGACUUGCCUCACUGCGACAUUUAAGCCUGCGUGUUUGGGAACAAAUUCCAGGCUGGUCGGGUGUCACAAAAAACCUGUUUCAAUGUCAAGGUUUAGUAUCGCUCCAAUUAUGGUUUUCCAAGGGAUUUAUGGAUCAGUUCCCUUUUACCUCGUUUUUGAUAGAUCAUUUCUUGCUCCAUUUACCUCGCUUGAAGAAAUUAGCUUUGACAGGAGCGCAUGUGCAAGUGAUGUACAAGGAUUAUAAGGAUUUAGAUAUACAGGUGUUUGAUUUAGAAGAGCUCUCCUUGGUACAAUGCAAAAUCGAACGUCAUGAUGUGGUGCUUCAAUAUCUCUCUACAUGCUGUCCCCGAUUAGACACAAUGGAGUUUAGUAAAUGUGAGUCUGAACGCUCUGCCGUCAAUAAAUCGCAUGUUUUGAAUGAGUGGACAAUGGACUUGCAACAAAUCCGUUUAAAAAAGCUUGUACUAUCAUCAAUUUUAAUUUAUAUUGGUACAGUUCAGACCAACGAUUUUAUUGGGAUCCGAAUCCAUGAUGAAAAGGGUCAACGCACACAAUGGUGCAGCACUACCAAAUCCAUGAUUUAUCCCGAAUAUGGUUUAUGUGAGGAUACCGAAAAGAAUACCGAGCUGGAUAAAGUAUAUCAAUCGAUGCCCGGAAAUUAUACGCCAACACUGGGUGUCCUCGUCAUACAUUGUCAAUCUGUCACUCAAGUCUUUCUUGAUAAUUUAAAAAUACCAAACCAUUUAAUAAAUUAAAAAGUAGUUUUUUGUUUUUUUAUUAUGAUU